CAUGAACAACAAAAAAAAAGUCGGCUUCCUUAGCUGUGUGCUAUCAUUUCCAAACCAGAGUUUCACCCACAGUCAACAGAAAGAAAUAGAUAUAUCAGAAAUUACAUAUGGAUCAGAUACCUCGCUGGCAACUUCGAUUUUUUUUUCCAGCGAGUCAAUGUGUUUGGCGAAACCCGAGACAGCUCGAUUAAAAAUGUAUAAAAGCUUCUGUAUACUUGACUUCACCUGGUAACACGAGCCAUUUCCUUGAUCGCCGGGCUCAUGGCGUGACUCAAAGAGAAUUUCGUCUUGAACAUAAAUGCCGAAUGGUAAAGCGACCGCACUGCUGUCAUUUCAGAGCGGACAGAUUUCAUGUGCUGCGGCCGGCCGGCUUUUCAUUCAUCACCCUCGCGGGGCUUCAACACGCGAUCUCUUAUUUUCAUCAUGCUCCAAAGGGACUUUUUCAAAUGGUGGAACAAAUUCCCUUUAUGGUCCUGCUAAGGCACCGUAAUUGGAAAUGUGGUGUGCCUUAUUAUCCGAUUUUGCCACUGCGCCGCGUCCCCGCGGCACAUGUGCAGAGGUCGUUGUGUAAAAAAAGUCGCAGCAUGGACAAUCUCCGGAAGAGGAAUCAAACUUUUAUUACCAUUGGACUAAUAUUUACGCUCAGCGGCAUCGAGUAUGCUGUCAUUUUGCCGACAAUAUGGCGAUAUCUCCAGAUCCUAGAGGCGCCGCCAUAUUUCUUGGGUCUGGGUCUGUCUGCUUUCAGUCUGAGCGGCCUUCUCACCGGACCGCUAUUUGGCUGCUGGUCAGACCGCAGCAGAACGACCAAGCCCAUUAUUCUUUUCUCCAAUCUUUUUGAGAUUGCUGGUAACUUCAUGUAUUUUAUCGGCUAUUCAAAGUGGCUGUUAGUAGCCAGUCGCCUUGUGACAGGUGUCGGUGCAGGAGCAGGAUCCUCCAUCUUCGGUUUCCUGACUCAGUGCACCCGGCCGGAGGAACGAGCCGGCGUCUUUGCAGCCAUCAUGGCCUGUCGACAAGCAGGCCUACUUGUGGGGCCGGCGUUCAACCUGUUUCUGCGGCUGUGUAAUUUCAAACUUGGACCCUUUGUUGUCAACAAGUUUACAUCUCCUGGGAUCUUCAUGUGCUUGUUGUGGUUGCUGCUCCAGUUUGUGGUGCUGGCAAUGUACUGGGACUUACCGGCUACGGACGCCACACAGGGGGCCGUACUGAUGAUGGACCUGAAACGGGAGGAAGACGAAGAGGAUGAAGAUGAGCCGCUGAUGGGCUCCGACGGUGUGCAGGUGCACGCUUACCAAGCUGUCAACUCCAGUCAAUUGGAGAUCUCCCCCUCAUCUGAAAUGCAACCCCUCCAUGAGGCCUCAUCGGCUGGAAGCGAAGCGUUCGAUAACUCCAGCAUCAGUGCAGAGUUCCUGAGGGAGGAGGUGAUUGUUCUUCUCACGGCUCAGUUCAUCACUCUCUUCAAUCAGACUGCGCUGGAGACCAUGGUGACUCCUCUGACGCAGCGCGACUUCGGCUUUGGCGAGUUGGGCAACAGUGUGAUGUACAGCCUGUGUGGGUUGGAAGUCAUCCUGGGCUUCCUCUUUGUUCGCUGGCUGAGCGAGAAGGUGGCUGACCGUGCAGUGUUGGCUGCCGGCCUGGUCAUCUGUUGCACCGCCUGUAUCUGGUGCCUCGUCUUCCUCUGCAACCUCCGAGGUAGCUACGAGUGGAAGCUGUCAGCCUUCAUUAUUGGCGUGUUCCUGCAGCUGUUGGGCCUCCCGUUGGUUGCCGUGUCUCAGGUGUCGCUCUUCUCCAAAGUGACAGCGGAGAAAACACAAGGAUUCAGCCAAGGUAUAAGACGAUCGGUCGGGGGCCUUGCCACCAUCAUGGGUCCUUUAUGGGCUGGAGGAUUGACCAAUCAUUUAUACAUCAUGAUCGGUAUGAUGUUGGCUCUCCUCUUGAUGGUCACCGUAAGUAUCACUUUUGUCAUGUUUUACACCGAACACGUCAUCAUUCAUAAAUUCACGUUUCCCUGUGGAAACUAUUCUCACCGCUUUUUUUCCUUUUUUUGUUUGUGUUCUUUCUGAAAAUGUGCCAUAAAAGAUGCUGCCAAAACCCGGGCUCAUUGAAAAGUAGCACUUGAGGUGCAAAAAUGUUAGCUUUAUUCAACGCUCAAAAUGUGAUUGUGGAAAGGUGUUUGUCUGCCUUGGAACUGGCUGGUGACAAGUCCAGGGCGUACUCCGCCCAAAGCCUGCUGCUGGUCUCGGCUCCAGCUUACCCACGACCCAAAUGAGUGCAAAUGGUUUACACAAAAUCUCAACUUGGUCGGAAUUAAGGGAGAGACAAACGCUGCCUCGGAGGAUUCAAUAGUGCAAGGCCUUGACUUGACAUUUCAAACUGUCAUUUUAUCUCUUCACAUCCUGAGAGUGUGAGGAAAAAAAAACAAAAAAACGACAAAGCACUGCUUUGGGAUACACUUGGAUGUAAACGCCUUAACUCAGCAUGUCUUUGAUCGGUUUGACUUGCUGUUGUAUUCUCUGAAGACGCU